AAUCUUGACGCAAAUUUUCAAGUGAAGUGUGUCCAGCCCGCCCGGAUAUCAGAUCCGGAUAUCCUCCUCCAUCCUCCUCAGUAUUCUCAGUAUUCAAGACUUGAAAGAUGUCAGGAGACAAAAUUAACGUGUUUCCUUCUCGAAUGGCCUUGCAGAUCAUGAAAGUACGGCUCAAAGGAGCGCAGAAAGGGCACAGCCUACUAAAAAAGAAGGCUGAUGCCCUGACAUUGCGGUUCCGGCAGAUUUUAGGAAAGAUUAUUUCGACGAAAAUGGUGAUGGGCGAAACUCUAAAGGAGGCAAUGUUCUCGCUAUCUGGAGCUGUCUAUGCUGCUGGUGACAUUGGACCCGUUGUCAUGCAGAAUGUGGAUAAAGCUCAAACAAAAGUUCGCUCCAAGAAGGACAAUGUAGCUGGUGUAACCCUUCCAGUAUUUGAAGCCUACACUGAUGGCUCAGACACGUUCCAGUGGACUGGACUGUCCAGAGGAGGUCAGCAGGUAGCACGAUGCAAGGAGUUCUUUUCCAAGGCAGUGACCUUGAUGGUGGAGCUAGCAUCACUACAGACAAGUUUUGUCACGUUAGAUGAGGUGAUAAAGAUCACGAACCGCCGAGUAAACGCUAUUGAGCAUGUCAUCAUUCCACGCAUUGAGCGUACAAUUGCGUAUAUCGCCACGGAGCUCGACGAGCGGGAGCGCGAAGAGUUCUUCCGCUUGAAGAAGAUUCAGGAGAAGAAGAAGGAAGUACGGGCAAAGAAGGCGGCGGCGCAGGCUUUGCUGAAUGCCACCGACGGUGGUAAUCGGGAAGCACCGAAUUUGCUGGCGUCAGGAGUGGACGAGGAUAUUUUAUUCACAUAGCACCAUUGCUGUAACUGGACGCUAUCCGUCAUUCAUCCCUCUUUUCUGGGUGUUACCCCAGCUCCUCAACCAUCUUCUGAUCCGCAUGUAUUUUGUGAAGCAUGUAACUCAAGCAGUAGGUAUAUAUAUUUUUUAAUGCUUUUCUUCUUCUCAUUCUCAGUGUCACCCAAUCAGUGGCACUAUGAUCUUCUAUCUGUGGAGUUUUCAUGCCGAUGAACAAUAAGCAGUCUGACAGUCAACAACUGUAUGUAGUGAAAAUGUAGUGAAAAUAUAAAUAGCUUCCAGCA